CCGCAAGCGGUGUGUGAACAAUCCACUAACGUCGACCGGCACGCGUUGUUUUGUUUAUGUACGAGCGCAUGUUUAUUAUUCGCGUGGAAUUUGAAUUAAUUACGUUCCCACUUUAACCGACCUUUUAGUUCAAACUACAAUCGCGUACGAUGUCAGUUUUUGUGUAUUUAAUAAUAAUUAUAGUGUGUUUAUUGCUGCUCUUGACAUUUUUUCAUUAUACCACCAACGGAAGAAAGUAUUGGUUGUUGAGGAAUGUUCCUUACAGAGAACCAUGCCCAAUAUUUGGAAAUUUCGGAGCAACGCUUACAAUGAGACGGAGUUACACGAGUAUGUUGGAAUAUUUUUAUGAAUCCUAUAAGAAUUACAAAUAUGUUGGCAUUUUUCAAGCCCGAAGACCAACUCUGUGUUUAAUAGAUAUAGAUGUUGUAAAAAAUGUGUUAUCCACAGAUUUUCAUAGCUUUAGUGAUAGAAUAUCAGUUUCUACAGAUACUAAAAGAGAGCCUCUUCUUCGAAAUUUGGCCAACAUGAGCGGCGCUGAGUGGAAAGCUAUGCGACACAUAGUUACGCCGACCUUUUCUUCAGCUAAAAUGAAAGCGAUGUUCCCUUUAAUUGCAGAAUGUGCUCUUGGUUUUAAAUCUGCGCUAGAAUUAGAAUCGCUUGAAGAAAUCAAUAUUCCUCAACUCAUGACUCGAUUUACUACAGAUGUUAUAGGCAGUUGUGCUUUCGGAGUGGAUCCAGGAUCCAUGAAGAAUCCAGACUCACCAUUUUUAGUUAUGUCACAAAAGAUGUUUAAAACAGAUCGAUCGACUAUUUUAAAACGAUAUUGCCGAACAUUUUUUCCAAGGUUAUUCAAGUUUUUAAACCUUAGAACAUAUUCAAUGGAAGUGGAAGUCUUCUUUACAAAUAUAAUAAGCCAAGUGUUGACAACGCGCCGCACUACGGGAGUACAGAGACAUGAUUUUUUGCAGCUCAUGUUGAACGUACAAAAAACUGAAAAAGAAUUCCGCAUGACGGAUGAGUUGAUAACAUCGAACUCCUUUAUUUUCAUGUUGGCGGGGUUAGAAACAUCUGCGACUACGUUAUCGUUUUGUUUGUAUCAACUUGCUAAAGAUUUUGAUCUGCAAAAUAAAUUAAGGUCGGAAAUAAAGGAAUGCUUGGAACGCCAUAACGGGUUUAACUAUGAAGCGGUAUGUGCGAUGCACCUCGUUUCUCAAACUGUUUUGGAGACACUUAGAUUGCAUCCUGCGACACCGUUAACCACGAGACUAUGUACUUCGCCAUGUACUCUCACUGGAACUGACUUACAACUUAAUAAAAGAGAUGCUGUCCUCAUACCAAUAUAUUGUUUACAAAGAGAUCCAAGGUACUUCUCUGAUCCAGAUAAGUUUAAUCCAGAACGCUUUAGUGAUGAUACUAAUCCACAAGCGUUUUUGGCAUUCGGAGACGGACCCAGAAGUUGCCCAGGCGCUCGAUUCGGCCAGUUGACUGUCAUGGCCGGUCUAACAGGGAUUCUUAGCAAUUUUAUAGUGGAACCAUGUUCUAAAACAACAUCGAGUAUUCAGUAUGACCCGCGCAGUGUCAUGUUGAAAAAUAAAGGAGGAAUAUGGCUACGGUUUAAAGCACUUUAAGAUGGGUUGCCAAUACUACAUCGCACACGUUUUUCAUGCCAUACUGUUUUUCUCAUCAAACAGUAUUGUCACCUAGCCAGUAUUUUCUAUUAAAAUAUUUAAAAUGUAUAUAAUCUUAUACGUAAAUGUAAAUAAAUAAUGUAAGAAUCUUAUCUCAUAUGUUGAAAUAUUCCACUUGCAAUUAUUCAGGUUUUAUGCAACUUGAUAAUUGUGUUUUGUAUUGUACUUAUUUUCAAAUUUAGUUUUUAAUCGAUAUACAAAAAUUAUGUGAAACAAUCACAGCCAACAAAUAUUAUUUGUUUAUUCUUAAUUAUUACAUGUAUAGAUUAUAACUUUCAAUCUACAUUUCCCAUGACUGAUAUUAUUCUAGUUUUAAGAAUUGUGUUAAUUAUUAAGUAGUUGAUAGCCUUUGAUCACUAUCUUUUAGCUUUAAAUUUCUUCCCUAAUUUAUUCUUAAGAGGUUUAUAUUCCAAUAAACGAAAUGUAUUUAUGA